AUGGACAAGACGCCGCCGGAGCUUUCGAGCCCAAAAAGCGACACCCCAGUCACACCAACGAUGGGACAGAGCGCCCUAGACUCAAAGGCAUCUAAUGACCUUAAAUUGACCAAACAAGCAACGACUAACUCCGAGUCACCCACAAUCAUUGACGACGUAAAGGACUCGGAUUUGGAGCAAAAGCCUAAAGGCUCAGUAAUCUCCAGGUUUGGAAAGCGCGUUUUAGACGGAUAUAACAAGAAGGCGUCGAAGGUAGAUGUCCCAGUAGAGAUGUUGUACAAAUUUGCAUAG